CUCUAUCCAUUCUUGAUCUCCCUUCUUCAGAAUUAACUCAUUUGAGGCAUCAGAUCGAUCGAUGCCCUUCAAAUCGGAAACGUUUUCACCAUAUACACAGUAAAAGGCAAGAUGAAUUACACGUUCUUCUUCUCUCGGCUUCUUGUUGGUUCUCUCUUGCUAUCUUUCUCUGCGAGCUUUGCUUUCGGAGCUAAUCGAUUAUCUGCAGAUGAAAUACAAGCUUUGAGGGACAUUGGGGAGACACUGGGCAAGAGCUGGAACUUCAGCGUAGAUCCAUGCAGCGGAGAACAGGGAUGGAUUUCUGCUCCGGUAGGCCAAUAUAUGAACAACGUCACCUGCGGCAACUGUAGUACUACCUCCAAUUCUACGACCGAUCAGAUCUGCCAUGUCACACACAUACUUUUGAAAGCGCAGAAUCUGACAGGACAACUGCCGCCGGAGUUGAUCAACCUCCCUUAUCUCCAAGAAAUUGACCUCACCCGCAACUACCUAAAUGGCACCAUCCCUCCAAAAUGGGGAUCCCUGCCACUAGUUACGAUUUCUCUUGUUGGAAACCGUUUGACAGGAUCUAUCCCUGCUGAACUAGGAAACAUCACCACCCUUGAAAGUUUGGCCAUCGAUUUCAAUAGUUUCUCUGGAGUUCUUCCUGAGGAGCUUGGAAACUUGACUCGCAUACAAAGAAUGCUUCUUACCUCCAACAAUUUUACUGGGGAGUUGCCAGAAACAUUUGCAAAGCUUACCGACUUGACUGACUUUCGGAUUAGUGACAGUUCCUUUUCGGGGAAGAUACCUGAUUUUAUUCAGGGCUGGACAAAUCUUGAGGGACUAGUGAUUCAGGCUAGUGGUUUUACAGGCCCAAUUCCUUCCGGCAUUUCUCUCUUGACAAGUAUAAUUGACCUGAGAAUUACCGACUUGAAUGGAUCUGAAUCAUCCUUUCCUGUACUUAAUAAUAUGACAAGCCUGGAGACAUUGGUGUUGCGGAACUGCAAUAUUAGUGGACACCUACCCGAAUUUCUUGGGAACAUGUCAACUUUGAAAAAAUUAGACCUUAGUUUUAACGAGCUAAGUGGAGAUAUCCCAAACAACUUUGCUGGUCUAGGAAAUCUGGAUAAUUUGUUCUUAACGGGAAACAUGCUGACCGGAACUGUGCCAGCUGAUUGGAUGAAAGCCAAGAGCAUUGAUCUUUCAUAUAACAACUUCACCAUGAACUCGAAUGAUGAGAAUUGUGAACCACAAGAUGGCUUGAACUUGUUUGCAAGCUCUUUUGCUGGCAAUACUUCAUCUGUUUCAUGUUUACCGCUUGCAAAGUGUGUAAAAACUUGGUACACUCUUCAUAUAAAUUGUGGCGGAAAAGAAGUUCCCCUCUAUGAAAAUUUCACAAGACCCACUAACGCAACAUAUGAGGAAGAUACUGAUGUAGCCGGGCCUUCAUCAGUUUAUCUGAGCAGGACAAAUUGGGCAUCAAGCACCACUGGCUACUUCGCUAAUGAUGAUCGUCCUACAAAUACCUAUACCUGGACUAAUUCAUCUGAACUCACUAUGGCCAAUCCUGAGUUGUACAUGAAUGCACGCCUUUCUCCUAUUUCUCUAACUUACUAUGGGUUUUGCCUCGGAAACGGAAACUACACAGUAAACCUCCACUUUGCAGAGAUAAUAUUUGCAAAUGACACAACAUAUAGUGGCCUGGGAAGACGUGUAUUUGAUAUAUACAUUCAGGGGUCACUAGCCUUGAAGGAUUUCAAUAUUGCAGAUGCAGCUGGUGGCUUUGGUAAAGCAGUCACAAAAAAGUUCACUGCUAACGUAACUGAUAGUACUCUAGAGAUACGUUUAUUCUGGGCUGGGAAAGGGACAACAGGUGUCCCUUACAGAGGAGACUAUGGUCCUCUUAUAUCAGCUAUCUCUAUUGAUUCUGACUCUCCACCCCCAGAAACUUCAUCAGGAGGUGGAAGCAGUGGUAUAUCAGCAGGUGCAGUGGUUGGAAUUGUGGCCGGAGGAGUCUUCAUUAUAUUACUCGUUUUAGGUAUCCUCUGGUGGAAAGGCUUCAUAGGACCAGCAAAUACUUUGGAACAAGAUUUGAAGGGUGUGGACCUGCAAACCAGCAGAUUUUCCUUAAGGCAAAUCAAAACUGCAACAAACAACUUUGACAUAAUGAAUAAGAUUGGAGAAGGUGGUUUUGGUCCUGUUUACAAGGGCCUUCUAUCUGAUGACACCGCAAUUGCUGUGAAGAAGCUUUCUGCCAAAUCAAAGCAAGGGAAUCGUGAAUUUGUGAAUGAAAUUGGCAUGAUUUCAGCUCUGCAACACCCUCACCUUGUCAAGCUUUAUGGAUGUUGUAUUGAAGGAAAUGACUUGUUGCUUGUCUAUGAGUACUUGGAAAAUAAUAGUGUUGCUCGUGCUCUGUUCGGCCCCAAAGCAAGUCAGGUGAAGAUGGAUUGGCGAACAAGGCACAGAAUCUGUGUUGGUAUAGCAAAAGGUUUGGCUUACCUCCAUGAGGAAUCAAGGUUGAAGAUCGUUCAUAGAGACAUUAAAGCUACUAAUGUGCUACUCGAUAAAAAUCUUUGUCCAAAGAUAGCUGAUUUUGGAUUGGCCAAGCUUGAUGAAGAAGAUAAUACCCACAUAAGCACCCGGAUUGCUGGAACUUUUGGAUAUAUGGCACCCGAAUAUGCAAUGCGAGGUUAUCUGACUGAUAAAGCAGAUGUUUAUAGUUACGGAAUUGUUGUGUUGGAAAUAGUCAGUGGGAGGGGCAACACAACUUACCACUCAAAGGAAGAAUGUUUUUAUCUUCUUGAUUGGGCACUUCUUCUAAAGGAGAAAGGGAGUUUGUUGGACCUGGUGGAUCCAAGGCUAGGCUCAGAGUUCAACAAAGAGGAGAUGAUUACUACAAUCAAUGUGGCUCUCCUUUGCUCUCAUGUGUCUUCAGCAGUUAGGCCUUCCAUGUCUUCAGUGGUGAAAAUGCUUGAAGGCAGGGCUUCCGUUCAGGAGGUGAUCUCUGAUCCUAAUGCCUCAAAUAAUGAAAUGAUUGCAAUGAGGAAACAUUUUCAAUCCAGUUUGGAAGAACAGAAUGGUGACGUUGAGAGUCAGAGACAAACCAUGUCAAUUGAACCAUCGUGGACUUCUUCAUCUACAUCUGCUCAAGAUCUCUAUUCUGUCCAUCCUGAUUCCAAGCAGUGUACUUGUGAAAAGUGCACUCCACCUGUUUGUGAAUAUGCCUGUAAGAACCGGCCAUUGCCUUGUUCGAGUUGGGUUCUCUUGUUUAUUGGUCUUCCCUUAAAAGAGGAAAAACGCAGAUCACUGAAAUCUCAAAGUUUGGCAGGAACACUCCCACCAGAGCUGGCGAGGCUCCCCUAUCUAAAAGUAAUUGACCUCAGUCGCAACUAUCUGAGUGGUACCAUCCCUCCAAAAUGGGGCAGCCUGCCACUAACUAACAUUUCCCUUGGUGGAAACCGUUUGACAGGUUCUAUCCCUAUUGAGCUCGGAAACAUUAGCACCCUGCAAUCCAUCGACAUCAAUGCCAAUAACUUUUCAGGAUCUCUUCCUCAGGAGCUUGGGAAUUUAACCAGCAUAGAAAAACUCCUUCUUGACUCGAACAAUUUUAUUGGGAAGUUGCCCGAAACAUUUGCCAGGCUUACCACAUUGAAGGACUUUCGGGUUGGCGACAGUCACUUUUCUGGGAAGAUACCGGAUUUCAUUCAAAACUGGAAACUUCUUGAAAGAUUACAAAUUCAGGCUAGUGGUUUGACUGGGCCAAUUCCAGGCAACAUCUCUCUUUUGAAGGGAUUAAUUGACCUGAGAAUUACUAACUUGGAUGGACCUGAAGCACCUAUUCCUUCACUUAAUAACUCGAAAAACCUGGACACACUGUGGUUGAGGAAUUGCAAUCUUAUUGGACAACUCCCUACUUAUCUUUCUGAGCUGACAGAGUUGGAGACAUUAGACCUAAGCUUUAACAAACUUACUGGGGAAAUUCCGAGCCCGUUUGUUAAAGAUGAUUUGGAUUACAUAUUCUUAACUGGAAACUUGCUCAAUGGAUCAGUUCCUCAAAAUCUGAAAGGAAGCCACAUUGAUCUUUCAUACAACAAUAUCACCCCUGGGACGAAUGACAUUUGUGAGAAUGGCGGCAAGAACUUAUUUGCAAGCUCGUCAAAGGGAAAUAAUUCAAUUGUUUCAUGUCUAAAUACAUCAUGUCCGGAAGAAUUCUACUCAUUCCAUAUAAACUGUGGUGGAAAUGCAAUAACAGUUACUGAAAGUACCACACACAUACCAUAUGAAUAUGAAGCAGAUCAAGAUCCAGGUGGCCCUUCAAGAUUUUAUAACAGCAAAACCAAUUGGGGUUUUAGCAGCACUGGUUACUUCCCUGAUGAUGGCAUUCAAAAUGACGCCUUUAUUGUGGAUAACGAAACUGCACUCUCUAUGCCUGAUCCUCAACUGUACAUGACUGCACGUGUUUCACCCAUCUCUCUUACUUAUUUUGGGUUUUGCUUGAUGAAUGGAAACUACAGUGUGAAGCUCCAUUUUGUAGAGAUAAUGUUUACAAAUGACAGAACAUAUCAUAGCUUGGGAAGGCGUAUAUUUGAUAUUUACAUUCAGGGGAUACGAGUGGAGAAGGAUUUCAAUAUUGCGGAUGUGGCAGGUGGGACUGGUAAAUUAAUCAACCAAAGCUAUACUGCUUCUGUAACAAAUCAUACCUUGGAAAUUCGUUUCUUCUGGAAUGGGAAAGGAACACAAUCUAUCCCUGCUAGAGGAGUCUAUGGUCCUCUUAUAUCCGCCAUUUCUGUAUACCCAGCUGAUCCAAAUUUUAAACCCCCGAAAAAAGACUCGCCAGGAGGGGGGAUAUCCGCAGGUGAAGUUGUUGGAAUUGUGGCUGGAGGAGUCUUCAUAAUAUUAUUGAUUUUAGGUAUUCUGUGGUGGAAGGGCUUCAUAGGACCAGCAAAUACUUUGGAACAAGAUUUGAAGGGUGUGGACUUGCAGACCGGCAAAUUUACCUUGAGGCAAAUCAAAACUGCCACCAACAACUUUGACAAAGCGAACCAGAUUGGAGAAGGUGGUUUUGGUCCUGUUUACAAGGGCGUUCUAUCAGACAACACUGAAAUUGCUGUUAAGAAGCUUUCAGCCAAAUCGAAGCAAGGGAACCGUGAAUUUGUGAAUGAGAUAGGCAUGAUUUCUGCUCUGCAACACCCUCACCUUGUCAAGCUUUAUGGAUGCUGCAUUGAAGGAAAUAACUUGUUGCUUGUCUACGAGUACAUGGAAAACAAUAGUGUCGCUCGUGCUCUGUUUGGUAAAGAAAGUCAGUUGAAUUUGGACUGGCCAACAAGGCAUAGGAUUUGUGUUGGUAUAGCCAGAGGUUUGGCUUACCUCCAUGAGGAAUCAAGGUUGAAGAUCGUUCAUAGAGACAUCAAAGCUACUAAUGUGCUACUUGAUAAAAAUCUUUUCCCAAAGAUAUCUGACUUUGGAUUGGCCAAGCUUGAUGAAGAGGAUAAUACCCACAUAAGCACUCGGAUUGCUGGAACUUUUGGUUAUAUGGCACCUGAAUAUGCGAUGCGAGGUUAUCUAACUGAUAAAGCAGAUGUCUAUAGUUUCGGAAUUGUUGUAUUGGAAAUGGUCAGUGGAAGGUGCAAUACAACUUAUCGCUCAAAGGAAGAAUGCUUUUAUCUUCUUGAUUGGGCACUUCUUCUAAAAGAGAGAGCAAGUUUGUUGGACCUAGUGGAUCCAAGGUUGGGCUCGUUUAACAAAGACCAGAUGAUUACUACAAUCAAUGUUGCUCUCCUUUGUGCUAAUGUUUCUUCAGCCGUUAGGCCCUCCAUGUCUUCAGUGGUGAGCAUGCUUGAAGGUAGAGCUUCUGUUCAGGAGGUGGUCUUUGAUCCAAAUGCCUCAAUUAAGGAAAUCAAUGCGAUGAGGAAACAUUUUCAGUCAAACAUAUUUGAAGAAAACAAUGGUGACUCUGAGAGUCAGAGAGAAACUAUGUCAAUUGAAAAAUCAUGGACUGCUUCAUCUACAUCUGCUCAAGACCUCUAUCCGGUCCUCCCUGAUUCAUAUUAUUGGGAGAAUAGAAAUUAGAGAAUCCGAGCAAAUUGGUCUCCUUUUAUCAUUAUACUUCUAUAAACUGUUGCUACU